CUCUCCUCCCAACUCUUCCCGCCUCAGUCAGGUGACCUGAGCAGGAACAGGGUUGAUGGGAUCCCAGCCAUGUGUUCUCAGUUCCUAAACACACAAUCAGCCGUGCAGGCAGGGUCUAACGACAUGUCCACAGAGCAGAAGGAGCUCACACAGACACCACUGCUCAAGAUAUGGGUGCCAGGAAUGGGCAGUUCUCUAGGCCAGAGGAGAGGCUGUAAGUGAGGCCUCACGACCCCAGUUUACAAACUGUCCCACAAUGAUUGUGAUGGUUGGUCUGCCAGCCAGGGGAAAAACUUACAUCUCCAAAAAGUUAACCCGAUAUCUAAAUUGGAUUGGAGUCCCAACUCAAGUCUUUAAUUUGGGUCAGUAUCGAAGAGAAGUUGUGCAGACAUACAAGAACUAUGAGUUUUUUCGUCCAGACAAUGAAGAUGCCAUGAAAAUCCGCAGAGCCUGUGCCUCAAGUGCUCUUAAGGACAUUGCCAAUUACUUCACUAAGGAGCAGGGACAAGUUGCAGUAUUUGAUGCCACCAAUACCACAAGGGAGAGAAGAGGAGUCAUCAUCAGUUUUGCCAAGGAGAGGGGCUAUAAGGUAUUUUUCAUUGAGUCGGUUUGUGAUGACCCAGAAAUCAUUGAGGCAAAUAUAAUGCAAGUAAAGCUGAGCAGCCCAGAUUAUGAAAACUAUGACAAAGAAGAAGCACUGGUGGACUUUUUGAAACGUAUUGAUUGUUACAAAUUGUCCUAUGUCCCCCUGGAUGAGGAAAAGGACAGGCACCUCUCCUUCAUUAAGAUCUUUAACGUGGGAUCCAGGUACCUCGUAAACCGUGUCCAGGAUCACAUUCAGAGUCGUAUAGUGUAUUACCUCAUGAACAUCCACGUCACACCACGAUCCAUCUAUCUGAGCCGCCAUGGAGAAAGUGAGCUCAACCUGCUGGGAAGAAUCGGUGGAGACUCAGCCCUCUCUUCACAGGGACUAAAGUACGCUAAGGCCCUUGCAGAGUUCAUCAGGGGUCAGUCCAUCAAGGACCUGAAGGUGUGGACCAGCCACAUGAAGAGGACCAUACAGACAGCAGAGGCACUGGGCGUACCGUAUGAACAGUGGAAGGCAUUGAAUGAAAUCGACGCGGGUGUAUGUGAGGAGAUGAUGUACGAGGAGAUUCAGGCAACCCAUCCAGAAGAGUUUGCCCUAAGAGACCAGGACAAGUACCGCUACCGAUAUCCAAAGGGUGAAUCGUAUGAAGACCUGGUGCACCGUCUAGAGCCGGUCAUAAUGGAGCUUGAGAGACAAGAGAAUGUGCUGGUCAUCUGCCACCAGGCAGUCAUGCGUUGUCUACUGGCCUACUUUCUGGACAAGAGUGCAGAUGAUCUGCCAUAUCUAAAGUGUCCUCUGCAUACUGUUCUCAAACUGACUCCAUUAGCUUAUGGAUGCAAAGUGGAGUCCUUCUAUUUAAACAUCCAAGCAGUGAACACGCACAGGGACAGACCCACAAAUGUGAAUAUUGCAAGAAAGACAGAAGAAGCACUACAGACUGUACCUGAACAUCAGUAAUCACACAAAAAAAAUCUUAAAUUUGCCGUUUUUGCACAGUUGAUCUACACACAGAUUGUGUAAAUGAAUAACAAGGUGGGAGGAAGGAAUUUAAGAAGACAUAAGCAUGUGUUUCCAUUAAGAUUAUGGAUAAGGCUUACAAACACAAAAGUGGGAUCCAAAAGUCUGAGACCACAUCUGGGAAAAACUAACAAGUUUUAUUUAUUUUUUUUCUCAUUCAAAUUUUGUGGAUAUGAAUGUUAUUCAUUUUGUAUUAAAUUAGAAAAUGCAGAACAAUUUUUGCUUUUUCACUAUAGGGCUCUCAGACUUUUGGAUUGUACAUUAGUUUUUAAAACUAAACGGUGAAAAUCAAGUAGCCCAUGUUUUGACUUUGAUAAGAUGGUUGCAUUGGCAUAAUGUUAUAAGUUGAAAUGGAUAUUGCAACUUAAGAUUAAUUUGACCCUUUUCCUAAUUUAAAAUGUUUAGUUAGAACAGGGGAAAUCCCCAUUGUGUGAAAGUGAAUAUAAAAAUAAUGUCUUUAUUGUAUUAAUUUUAAUAUUGUGGUAAAAGAGCUGGGCAAUAAUACCAUUUAUGAAUUGAUAAAGUAGAGUAAUCAGAAGAUGAUUCAGUUAACAGCACCAUGGACAGCAACCAAAUAAAUCAAUCUAUAGGAGUCAUCACAAUAUCACACAUAAGAAUUCUCAAGCCACUUUACAAUAUUCGUUAGUUAUUAAUAUGUUCAUUAGAGCCUGUCCAAAAAUCUUCUCCAACGUAACUGAGAUUUCUAGAAUAAAAAUUCAGUAUCCAAAUACAUUUUAGAUUGAAUUAUGUAACGACUGAAAGGCUUCUGGCAACAGUGUUCAGAAUUGUAGGCAUUCACGGGUUAAUGGUUAGUGGUUUUUCAUACCCCCCAAAAUCGUAGCGACACUGCGAAAUGUCCAGUAUGCACACGUGAAAAGAGCUCCCUUUGGAACCCACAAAUCCCUGCGCAUGAUCGAAACUCGUUUCUCAUUAUAACCUAUUGGAAAGUCACUUUUCCAAUCUAAAUGAGCGUCCAUCUCUCUCAUGGCAUUACCGUGGCUUCAGUAUCAUUUUUAGGAUCUUUUUUUGGCAGGGAGGGGGCAAUAAUGCCCCUUUUAUAAACAACUUCGUACCGUAAAAUGCGAAGUUAGUGGAAGACCUUACGCACUCGCCUUACAGGCUAAACAGUGGUUUUGGCUUUCCCACACAAUCUGAAAGCAUGGAUGUUAAACUGGAUUUGACUAUCCACGCUGUCGUUUUCAUCCUUCUAACUGUUGUUCCUUUUGGAUGUGCGCAUUUCGACGCGCACUCACUCCCUCUCCAGGUACGUGUACUUGUUAUAGCAUUAUUAUUCAUAAUUUUACACUUAGUCAUUAUUUGCCCGGUUGCUCGGUGACAUUUUUCUCUGAUAAGUAAAAUGUGAAGAUUAUUUUGAGUGACCGAUGGUCAUUUGCGCGAAAAAAAAACACUAAAAAUUCGCCUCGUCACAUUACGCGCGAAAACGCACAAACUGAAGAAUCGCACAACAUUUAAGAAUUUCUGUACCAGUGGAAUGGUAUUUCAUUUUUAGAAAUGUAUGUAUUGUUUAUCUACUUACAGAAUGUUUUUAUAUUGUAUUUGGAUGCAUUAGGAAUAAGUUAAACCGAAGGGAGGUAUAUAACAUCGGUUUUCAAUCCUUUUAGGCUAAUCAUAAUUCUUUGUAUGUAGAGAUGUAGUUUUUAUUGUUACGCUGGAAUCUUAAAAAGUUGUAAUAAAGAUCGAUUUGGAAAUUAUAUGAACAAUUCAAAUUAUUCUGGAUGAAUUUCUUAUUGCAUUCCUUCUGGGCUUUUGAUAAACCUAUGUCACACAGCAGUUUUGUUUAAAAAGUGUGCUGGAAAGUUAUAGUAGCAGAGACGCAUUCUUUUCCAUAUUUAGAUUUUGUUUGUAUUUACAGAUGUGGUAAUAUAUUGGCACAGCAGUAAAUUGUGUAAAGCUAACAUCUAAAAUCCUCUAGUGGCCUUGUGUGUACAGUACUGACAUUUAGUUCCAUUUCCACCCCUUUCAUCAUGAAUAACUUUGAUUCAGUCUUUUUCAAUGUAAGAUCUAGACCAGAGACCACUGGCAUCUGAGAAUAUGGAGAGUAUUUCACGCUAUUUUUACAAUUAUACCUCUGAUUUCAAAUGUAGUUUUGUGAUUGUUAAUACAGUGGUUAAUAGAGAUUAUAUGAAUAAUAAAAGUUUGUAUGAAUAUUUAAA